GCACUUAUCCAAGAUACACUCGGCAGACUAGUUGUUAUUUUCCUUUGGAUCAUCGAAGGAAACAGUUGGGUUUUUUUUCGGAUAAAUCGCGCUGAAUUUAGAUUUGGAUAUUACUGGGACCUAGAUAGGAGUAGCUUCGGAGAUAUUGACUGGGACUUUAGGUUGAUUUUCUAAAGAUUUUAAGUGUCUAGUGAAUAUUGUUUAGUUGAAUUAAAAGUUUGCGCGGUCAAAUUAAUUUAUUUACACCGGUAUUUUUCACGAACACGUUAUUAAUUAAUUUUCGAAAAUGUUCACCAAAACAAUACUAUCCGGAAAUUUAAUCCUUAUUUACGUAAUAGUUAUAGUCGCAGCACGUGAAAUUGUGAAUAAUAAACCACAAUUGAAAGAGAAACCUGAAUGGCUCAAAACAUGCAAGCGAUCCGAUCCAAAUGAAAAUCAGUGUUUUAAACAUCUUUUUGAGGGGAUGUUUCCUUCUUUGGCCAAAGGAAUACCUGAAAUUGGUGUGAAGAAAUUCGAGCCUCUCUACAUUGAUUCAGUUUCAAUUUCGAAAGGAAGCGGAAACUUAGUAUUGUCGGGAGGAUUUAAACAUUUAAUUGUUAAAGGACCAUCCAAUGCUACUGUUGAGAAUGCAGUUUUGGAUUUCGAUAAGAAUAUUCUCAACUUUGACCUGAAAAUUCCUCAGCUUCGUAUCAACGCAAAGUACAAUCUGAAUGGAAAUAUUCUCCUUUUACCAUUGCUCGGAAAUGGAGACGUAACGAUGCUUUUGUCUGAUGUUAAAACUUCGGUUUACACGGAUAUUAGUGUAAAAGGAAUUCCCGAGGAUGCCAUACGAAUGGAAACAAUGAAAGUAACGUUUAUUGUAGGCGGGAUGAGGAUACAUCUAACAAACUUAUUUAAUGGAAACGAAAUUCUGGCGGCAUCAUUAAAUGCAUUUUUAAACCAACAUUCACAUGAAAUUAUUUCUGAAUUAAGACCCGAUUUGGAAGCUGGAUUAUCGGACAUCUUCAAAGGAUUAUGGAAUAAUGUAUUCUCGAAAAUUCCCAUUAAGUUUUGGUUGGUAUGAUUCAAAUCUUUCAUGUUAUGUUACUUAGAGUGUAAGUUAUGUGUACCUAGCGUAAAAUCGAUUUAAGGCAUUUAUUAUUAAUUGUUAUUUAUGCACAUUUUUUGUACAGUUGUCAUCUAACAUUAGAAUAAUUUUUUUGUAAACAUUAUUGUUUCCUCUUAUAUUAAAGGGAUAAUAUAUCAAGAUGAA